UGUCAUGAUUUAAACUUAAAUUAUCACUCAUUUAACCGAUUAAUCUAUAUAUACGAAUAGUGCAUAAAUUUACGAGAAUAUUUUAUUGUGAAAAUUGUGAGAAAUAGAGAAAUGUCGAACUCAAUUGAGCAGGUCACUGAGCCAUGGCAAAUGGAGAAUGGAAAUGUGAAGGUUUUGAGCAAGGAGAAACAUGGCCGGACGGCACAUAAUAUUUCGGCCUCGUCGUUGCGCAAAAAAUCCGAUAUCGAUCUUGCAUCGAAAGUUCGUUGUAGUGUGCUGAAGAAAUUUUUUGGCAAUGUUCAGGAGGUGCUUUUUGGAACGAAGCUUUGUAUUCUGCUUCCGUUUGUGCCUUUGGCGAUAUUCGCGGAGUGGUACGGGUUUGACAGACCGUGGGUGUUUGCUUUGAGCUUGCUUGGACUCACCAUGCUUGCGGAACGCAUCAGUUUUCUGACAGAGCAAAUAGCUUUCUACACUGGUCCAACAGUGGGAGGGCUUCUGAAUGCAACCUGUGGAAAUGCAACAGAACUGAUAAUAGCAAUAUUAGCUCUCUGGCAAGACAAAGUAGAUGUUGUUAAGUACUCUCUCCUAGGUUCUAUUCUCUCUAAUCUUCUUUUGGUUCUCGGAACUUCGCUCUUCUGUGGUGGCCUUGUUAAUCUGCACAAAGAGCAAAACUACGACAGGAAACAAGCUGAUGUGAACUCUGCUCUUCUGUUGCUGGCAUUGUUGUGUCAUGCUCUCCCUUUGAUGUUCCGCUAUGCUGGCGAUGCUGCUGCUUAUAGUCCUAAGGCGACGCUUCAGUUGUCGAGAGCAAGCAGUAUAAUAAUGUUGAUUGCAUAUAUGGCCUACAUCUUCUUCCAGCUGUGUACUCAUAGCAAACUUUUCGCAGCACAAGAGGAAGAACAGGAUGAUGAUAUCGCGGGUUCAGAAGAAACACCUGUAAUUGGAUUUUGGAGUGGAUUUGUUUGGCUAGUUGGGAUGACCAUUCUCAUAGCUUUGUUGUCUGAGUACGUUGUUGGCACUAUUGAGGAAGCUUCAGAAUCUUGGGGAAUAUCUGUCAGUUUCAUUAGUAUCAUCUUGUUACCGAUAGUUGGAAAUGCUGCAGAACAUGCUGGAGCUGUUAUAUUUGCUUUCAAGAACAAGUUGGAUAUUACAUUGGGUGUUGCACUGGGUUCUGCGACUCAGAUUGCUAUGUUUGUGGUGCCAGCAAGUGUAUUGUUUGGUUGGGUACUGGGCAUCGACAUGGAUCUUGAUUUCAGUCUCCUUGAAACUGGCUCGCUUGCUCUUUCAAUUAUUGUCACAGCCUUCACUCUGCAGGAUGGAACUUCUCACUAUAUGAAAGGACUCAUUCUUCUGCUAUGCUACAUAGUUAUUGGAGCAUGUUUUUUUGUUUCCUCCGGAACAACCACUGAUCACCAACAAAACAACAUCCACUUAGGUAUUCGAUCCUCGACUAAAGGAAUCUUCAGAGCCUGAAGUGCAGAAUGGACAAUACUUGAUACAUUAGCUAUAGUUAAUUUGCAUUUCCUACAAUAGUUUUCAGCUUGUACAAAAGCGAUCGCAGUAUGUCUUGAAUAUCUGUAGCACAACUGAUCAAUUAUUGUAUACAUUGACUCAUGAAUUGUAGUUAAUAGUUUCAUUACACCUUUGAGUUUGAGAUGAGGUUGUGUUCAGCUAGUGAACCUUGAACAACUGGUCCAUGUUUGUUUUUUCUUGAAUUGUAACUUUUGCAUCUUUUUAUACAAACAAAACAACCAGUGGCUAGAGACGAGUCAGAGUUGAACCCAGGACCUAAGAUAACAACAGACUUUAAGUCCGCCUGCUGUAUCGGAGAUAUACAUUGAAACGAACUAAUAACUGGUUUACAUGUGGCACACUAACAUGUGUCAUUACAUAAGUGGCACUAUCCAGUAUUCUUAAACAUGGACAGAUGGCAUCACACGAGUGGCCAGUUUCUCAUAUUCUCAAACACAGUAUGUGUCAACCACAAAUCACGAUCCAACCUGUCCACUCAACAAACCAUAUAUUUGAACCCAACGGAUAAGCUAAGUAGAUAAGAUCUAGGCUCUCUCAACCGUCAGAUGGAUUUUCCCUCCUAAUCCAACGCCCAAAAUUCGCUCUCAAAGAUAAACAAUUCAAACCACAAAAAUCUACAUAACAUCACUCACUCACUCAUUCUUCAUUUCAUAUCUUCCACUCCCUCACUUGGCCAAAAAUUAAUCAAUCUCGAUGGCUUCCACCACAGUUGCCGCCGCUGCAUCAUCAUUCAUCGGGACACGAAUCUCCGAUGCCAACUCGAAUUCGGGCAAAGUCCAAGCCCGGUUCGGAUU